UCGUUGGACCGCGCGCGCGCUCCUGCGCGUCUCUCUCUCUCUCUAUCUCUCUCUCUCUACGAAUCUUCUUUACGCGUGUAUACUUACGCACUUGCAACAAGCGAUAUACGCAGGAUAAACUUUUCGCGGACUCGCGACAGUUGUCGAUACGGACAGCGCUCGUCGAGGCGCAUCAACGAGCGUCCAGCAUCAGAGUGGCUGGACCGACACAGACCACCUGUGUGCGGCGGUGUGUAUAUCCUUGCACACCCAUACGCGCGCGCGCGCGCGCGCGUGUGUGUACAUUAGAGAAACACGCCGGGAGGUUAGAAUCGGUCUGUCAACCCUUGGAGGGAGGAAGCGGCACAAGUGCAGUGUUACACAGCUCGAAGAUCAUCGGUUAGCCGCACAGUGCUCGGCCUCGAAGAAUCUAUACGGAACGGAGCGAGCCGCGCGAGAGCGAAGAACAUAACGGAUCCUGAAAGAACAAGGAUAGCGCUCGCGAGCGAGAGAGACGGAUAUACCUACAGCAGCAGCAGCAGCAGCAGCACGGAAUCUCGCGCGAAGGGGCGAGAGCUCGCCGAACGGAUCAGCGGCAGUAGUAGUGUGCUGGCUGUGUAUACUCGCGUGUGCUCUCCGCGGUACAUAUAUAUAUACACGCGCGCGGAGAGUUUUCUCUCUUUCUCUCUUCCUUCCGCGCGCGCAAAGAGAGCGAGAGAGGCACGGCAUUACGAGGCAGUGACUAAUGCCGCGGCACAUACUCGAACAAGAGAGAGAACGAGAGCAGCGCGUACAAGGGGAAGAUGAAAAAAAGGAAACCUCUUCUCCUCCUCCUCUCAUUCACCUCGCUCUAACGCACUCGGUCCGUUGUCGAUCCGCGAGUCUACACGCAUAGGUACAUACAACAAUACAUCGCGGCAUAGUGCGUGUGUGCGUGUAUACACCUCUGCGCAGCGAACAUGCGGCCGAGGACGGGAAGAAGAGGAGCAGGCGCCAGCAGCAGCAGCGGCGGCGGCGGUCGUCCUCUUCCGCGUCCGCACUAGGAAGCGGACCGAGAACGUUAACAACGAUAUUAUACAAGUAUAUAAGUAGUUGCUAUACGGGGAAAAGUGCGCGCAUCGUCGUCGAAGAGGAGCGAAGAAGAGUCGGCAAGAGAGGUUUACAAGUGUGCGCCGCUGCAGCUGAGCGCGAAUGCGCGCCCGGAUUUAUGGCGGCCCGAGUACUCCUGCUCGGCAUCUUGUUUACGGAAGUCCUCCGGCCCGUUUGUCCCGCAGGCGUCAGAGUAAAUGGCUCAAAGAGCAGCAGCAAGGAGUCGUCGUCGACAGCGGCGGCGGCCCUGGAGGCAUCGGUUCGCGGCGCUGGCUUAUCCCUGGACAUCAGACCCCGAGGCGACGUCGUGCUUGGUCGCAAGGGUGUCACGCUCACCUGCACCGGGGGCCUUCUGCAGCACAGCCCAGCCACCACCGAGCUCACCUGGCUGCACAACGGACAGCCCGCACCUCCCUGUGGAGGCCAGCGCUGCAGUCUUCUGCAGAACGGAUCGCUGCGAGUUUUCAAGAAAAAGAGCGCGAUAGCGCAGAAGCGAAAGGAGCGAGAGGGAAAUGCUACAGUGAGCAGCAGGAACAGCCAGAGGAACGAGUAUCGCUGCGUAGCGCGCACUUCUUACGGGGCAUCUCUGCGAUCGGCGCCGACGAAUAUACUUUACGCUGAACUCGCCCAUACGUUCAGGGAAUCGCCGGAGGACUCGACUGUUCGAGAGGGAGAGGUGGCGAGACUUUCCUGCCUCAUCGACAGCGUACCGUUUCCGCCUAACAUUACUUGGUUACACGACGGCGAGCUCGUGCCGACUGAUCACAAUAAAACGAAAUAUGCUUUCAUACCACCCGGUGUUCUUUAUAUCAGGGCAACAAAACUUUCUGAUGCUGGUUCAUACAGAUGCGUAGCAGCCAAUGAUUUUAUAAACGCGACCAAGAAGAGCAAAGAGGCUAAACUGACUGUCAUCUCGAGGCACGAGAGCAAGGAGUCGUCGAGUUCCGUCUCGCUGUUUCCUCAAACUUCCUACAGCCACACACCGCUGAUAGGCAGCCAUCUCAAGCUGGCGUGCGCAGCUUCCGGGUAUCCGCCACCGAAGACUUCGUGGACCUUCGUAGCACAGUAUGCCGACACCGAAACUGCCAAGCACCGAGCUCUGCUGAAUUCGAGCUCUGGUCUAGCCGUGCUCGAACUGAAGAAUAUCACUACCACCGACGCAGGCACUUACGUUUGCUCCGUGAACAACAUCACGAGCAAUGCUACCGAAAUACAGAACCUCACUGUAGAGGUAUACGUACCGCCUACGUUCGUCAAGAAACCAACGAAUCAAGCCUGUCCAAACGGUAGGACGGCGAGAUUCGAGUGUCAAGCUCGGGGCUUUCCUACGCCCCGCAUUUACUGGCUUAAAAACGCUGCGGAUAUCACUAUUAAUGGGCGUAGAACGGUUUACGAGAAGGAAUUCAACAAGGUGGAACUGGCCAUUUCGGCGACUGUCCCGUCAGACUCGGGAAUUUACCAGUGCGUGGCGGUGAAUGCUGCUGGCGAGGUUUCAGCCGCUGGUCGGCUACAAGUGAACACGUCUCGUAACAGUCCAGCCGCACCCACGUCGCUGAAGUGCGAGGCCCGUUCGCCCGUAAAAAUAUUCAUCUCCUGGGAACCACCAAAGUUUUUACCUUUUACGAAUAUAGCCUAUACCGUCCACUACAGACCUGUUGAAGGCGGUAAGGAAGAGGUUUCCCCGGAACCCGGCAAUACUACAUCCGUUGAAGUGACGAAACUUUUGGAACCAUUCACAAACUACACUUUUUACGUGCGCUUAUGGAACAAUCAUGGUCCGAGUGAUCAGUCCGACACGAUUACGUGCUCCACGAAUGAAGGUGUCCCAAAAGCUGCGCCAAAGAUUUCUGUGGAUGCGAUCAACAGUACUAAAUUGAACGUUACGUGGAAACCACUGACUAAAAAGGAAGCGCAAGGAAUUGUAACUGAAUACAAACUAGAAUGGAGGCUAUUUCAGCAUCCGUCAGUGCGUGUACGUACCCUGCCGGCUACCGUUGAGCAGUACGUUUUGACAGAUAUGAUACCUGGCGAACCAUACGACAUUCGAGUGCUCGCGAGGACUAAGCAAGGUUGGCCGAACGUUAACAACUCACAGUUUGGAUGGAUAACCGUCACGAUGCCACAAUCUAACGACCUCACCCAAACUCAGGUUUUCAUUCUUAAUUCCACCGCUAUCCAGGUCAAGUGGAACGUUAAAGCAUAUUCAAUUUUGCAUUUUAACUCUUGGAAAUUAUAUUGUAAAAAUGAGGACGGCGUAACGAUUGUUUCAGUUAAUCUAACAAAAAAUGCUACAGAGUAUUUGUUAACAAAUCUCGAAUCCAAUAUUUCGUAUUCAGUUGAACUGUGCGCUCUUGAUAAUGGCGAGGCUGUACAUUGUAUCACAAAACGAGCUGAUUUAACGGAAACCUCGGUAAACGAUACACCAACUGGAUUAGAAGCUGUACCAAUAUCUUCCGAUUCUAUACGUUUGACGUGGUCAUCAAAAGAAACCAACGAAUCAAAUUCGUACGAAGUUUGUUAUCACUCAGUGCUUCUUUUGAAUGAGCUCUCAAAUUGCAUUCUAGUAAACUCUACAAAGAUUAUUAUAAAUAAUUUGAAACCGUUCAUGCUGUACCAAUUCAAAGUAAAGUCGUUGACCAACGGCACUAAUCAGAACCAUUACAGUGAGAUCAUAGAGUGUUAUACGAAUGAAGAUGUUCCAGGUAAAGUAGAGGAUAUCGAAUGGUUCCUAAUAGACAGCACAAAAGUUCGCGUGGCCUGGAAAGAACCAAGCAAAAUAAAUGGCGUCAUUCAAAAUUACUUUGUGGCUUACUCGCUGGACAAAACCGAACCUAAAUCUACUUGGAAUAAUAUAACUGUGUUCGGGAAUAAGACUUCUACGAGUCUUUCCGGUUUACUCCCAGGCAAGAAAUAUUUCGUCGUUGUUCAAGCUGCUACAAAAGCUGGAUCCGGUAGUCCAUCGGAACCAAUCGUGAUUUUGACCGGUGGAGGCUCUUCUGAAACUUCUAGUUCUUUGGAUGAACAUAAGCCUUUACCGAAAACUAAAGAAGAUAAAAAACUUGGCGUUAUUUUAGGAAUAGCGAUCAGCAUGUUCUGCAUUGUAGUGUGCCUGUGCAGCAUGUACUGCAGAAAAAAGUACGAGAGUUUAAGAUCGCUUCGCGAGAGUGCCCAACCUUUGAAGAGCCGAGUAAUUGCAAGAAAUGGUAACGGUUGUUGUGUCGAUCGGUCUUCCACAUCCGUAAGCCAACCUGCCAAUAUGACCAACGAAAUCGAACUGGCUGUACUUUGUCCUCCAACGCCGGGUGGACUUCCUAAUGGUAUCAUUGAAUCAAAAGAACCGCUUUUAGCACCCUGGGAGAUAAACGGAAUAAGACAGGAUCUUCGGAUAACAGAAAAUCCGCAGUACAAGCCAAGGGAGAUUGAAGGCACAAACAAACUGCAGCAACUUAAUGCUCAGGAGCCACCGGAUAUGAACAGCACACAACUGACCAGUAUGGGCGGUAGUGAUGAGAGUCUUAACAACAACAUGAGCAAUAACCAAGUAGGAGGUGACCUACCUGCGAAUCCUGCACCCGCAAUUGUUCCCGUGCUCGAGCCAAACGGCUGAAGCGACUGGUGCGCGCGUAGAAUCAAAGUUCCUGAGGACAGGAUGACCCCACCGAAACGUAACGUAUACCUACGUGGGCCUCUGUAAAGAGGACUUUUUCUUACCGUACCGACUGUAGCGUAGAACGUCGGUAGUAUCCUAUGUAAGAUAUAUGAGAGAUAAACAAGAUAGGUAGAGACGAAGUAAAGAAGAGACUUCGUCCCUUAAGACAUAAAUUGAAAGCAUAAUUAAGGAGAUCUUGAAAGUAAGUACAUCUUCAAGGAGUCCUCGAAACUUGCGUGUCUCAUUGGUGUUUCGAUUUCCUAUGAAUAGUUCGUUGUUUCGCCGAGUUUGCAGUUAUUGCACAAUCUUUUUUUACUUGUAAAUUAUAUAGUCAUCUUCAAAAAUAAUUAACCGUUCGAUUCAUAAGAUGCGCGAGUUCUGAUGAAAAAAUACAACAAACGAAAAUUUACUAGAAGAUGAUUAGCAACUGUAGCAUGAUUGCAAAUUCUUUGAAAUGACGUUCUUAUGAGUAAACUGCAAAAAGUAUCGAUGUUCCGAUGAAACAAGACUAAGCAACCACUUCCAAUAAAAGAAAAAGCAACAAACGAAAGAUAGGAAAAAAAAGACAUACAACAGUUGAAUACCACUACUUUUAGAACGAAUUUUUAUAUAGCCAUUCCAUAAGUUUGGGCCUGAUUUUACCUAUCACUAAGACAAACGAGUAUUUGGCACUUCUUUUUUACACAGUUUUACAUGCAUUUUAAUGGUGACUGAUUUUUCUACCGCGUAUUUUAUACAAAGACUUAUACUACAUGGUAAAAACUUCCAAUAUAUAACGUAUUUCCCAUCAACUCAUAGAUCUGACAAAAUAACCUAGUUGAAAUAGAAAAAUAGGUUCACAGAAAACCUCCACAUAGCAAAGAUAAGACUAUACGAAGAACUUAGAUUCAAUGAGUAAAAAAUGGAUUAGGUUAAAUUAAUAAUUAAAUACCGGUGUUACUUGAGACUUAUUCCGAUGUCAAUAACCGUUGAUCUAUUGUAUUAUUCGUAAAUCAGGAAUCGUCAUUAUUUAUCAAAAGAAAAAACAAAAGAAUUAGACGUAGGUUAAUGGCGAAAAAUCUUUUAUUUUCACUUUCAAUAAUAUUGAGGUGAAAGGUAAAUCGUAUACUCGUUGGACGAGUAGUAGAAAGCCCCGUUACAAAUAGCUUUUUAACCUUUAAGUUCUUAGAGACUAUAUAUUUUGUAUUUUUUGCGCGCUAAGCGAAAACUUUUUAUUUUAUCUUUUUCUAAGAAUAUUUUUCGUACAUAUUAGUUAGUAUUUAAGUUAUUAAUUUGAAGAAUUUAUAAGGUUUAUUUUGAUUAAUUCUAAAGAGAGCAUUUAUAACUCCGUCGUAAUUUUAUUAUUUUAAACUAUUUCGCCAGUUAAUCUAUCUACGCGACUGACGUCGUUGUAGAUACCUAAAAGCGAAGGAGGUAACGAUAUCGGAAGGAUUACAAUAUGCAUUUAUUCAUACACAUUCACAUUUAUAUAUAAUAUAUUAUUUAUAUAUAUAUACCGGACUGGUGCAUGUUACCAUGACAGAAAAACCCAAUGCAGUACCUGAUAGACUAAGUUUUAUCAUUUAGAGUGAGACAUGUCAAUGUUAUUACUGUACCUCCAUUAUUGUUAUUUAUUACUUCUUACAUUCAGUAAUAAUAGUAUAAUAAUAGUAUAAAAUAAAAUUUGCAUUGGGACAGUUUUUCUAAAAGAAAAAGAAAUAGAUCUGUUCAUAUGUUCUUUCGUUUACCAAGACGUUUAAUGUUAUUUAUAAUUUAUUUUUCAUAGUAUUAUCAAUUUAGCAAACGUAUUUAUGCAACUCUUGCGUUUUUUAAAAAUUCAAGUAAAAUUUUAAUCUAAAUUUAAGCAGCUCAAGGCAAAUAUUUUAAAACUGUCCUGAUGAUUAGACCACAACUACAACGUUUUAAGUUUUUCCAAAUAACUGCCAUAACUGAAAUUCAUUUGAAAGAAAAGCAUUAUAUUUUUUAAAUCAGUAAUCAAAUUUUGCACUUUGUGUACAACAUUUCUUAAAAUAUGAAAAGUGAACAAAAAUGUAAAAAUGUAUCGUAUUUAGAAGUCGGUUAAAGAUGCCUUCAAUUCAAAGCUGCUCUUUAUACAAUUAAGUACUUUUUUCUUUCUGUCUAAAGUAUAUUGUGCUUUAUCAAUUUAUCGCAAACUGAACUUAAAGAUACUUCUGAAAGCUAAAGUUAAGAACGUUUUGUUUACUUAAAGUAUUAAACGAUCGAAUUACGUUGAAACUUAAUCCUCUAUAUUUACACCGCGUGUAGUUGAUUUUGAUUAGAUUAUUUUACUUUACUUAAGUAAUAAUCAGUUUAACAAGAGUAGCUAUACUCUAGAAGGACACGGCAUCUAUAACUAAUAAUCAUAAUAAUGGUAGAAUUAAUUUGUAUAACAGCUGCAUUAAUGCUUCAGAAGGAACUUUUAGAAUAAUGUUUAAGCUAAAAAAAAGGAAAAUCAAAAAUAGGCAUAGGAUUCUAAAAAAAUUGAACUGAUCAUUUGGAAGUUUUCUUUUUUUUGGGCCACGUUACGCUUCCCUAAUAUACCUUACAGUAUUGAUGACAUUUCAUUCAUAUUCCAAAAACACAUAAAUGUACGAUAGUUAACAGUAUAUAUAAGCUCGUUUAUUUCGUUCAUCCGAAAACAUACGUAAAUAGAUUCGUUAAAUGUUAUAAACUCCAUGUUUAACUGUGAAAUAUUUCUUUUUGUUUUUAACGCGUAUCGUUACGAAAUUAUCAAUAGCAGAGUUACUUGCGUAUUAUUAUUAUUUUUAUCUGAUGAUUCGACGCAUUUUUUCUUUCAAAACACUAUUUUACCAUCAUCAUUUCUUUAUUAGUCAUUUGAAAGAAAAAAUAUGCAUCGCGAUAUUUCAAUGAAUCAGUUUCGAAAUGUGUAACCUACUAUUACGCGCGUAAGAUUGUAUAAGAGUAUGUAUAAGAUGAACUAAAAAUCACGUUGGCGACACAAUGUUUUUCUUUUCGGGUAUAUAUACUAGACGACGAUUGCAGCUGUGUUUCGAACUCCUUUUCUGCGCUGUCAACUUUAAAAAUUAGAGAAACAGCAUAUAACGAGGCUGGUGUUUUCUUUUGGAACUUAUUGACAAAUAAAACAAAGAUGCAAAAGAGAUACAAAAGCAAAAGUUAUAAGUACGAAAUGAAAAUACAAAAAGUAAUGUGUACCUGAAUCGUACAACAAUAGACCUUAAAAAGUGUCGAAUAAAAAAAUCGUUGAAACGUUGACGAGAGCAGUGGAGCCUUUCGAGACCGACUUAUAAACGGCGUGCGCGUGUGAAAAAAUUAAAUGCUGUUCGCUUUUGUGUACAGGACAAUUAGAGUUGAUUGUAUAAAAUUUUUAAAUUCACCCUGCGCAUAUCUGUACCAAUAGGCUCAGUUAGAAGGGUCUUGAAAAUCAACUCAUAUAACGAUGAAAAAUCAAACUAACGCUUUAUCUUUUAUACAAUAAAAUAAAAUGCAGAAUUGUACAAUUGAAUCAAUUUAUGUAAACUCUGCAAGCUUAUAGAAUUCUCAAAAAGACUUUUCUUGCUGAGUACCGAUGUCGGGUAUACGAAACUCAACUAUACAUUAUAAAUGUAAAACUAUCAUAAGCACAGCUCCUGCGCGAACAUUAAUUCGUUCAAUGUAUAGAUCAGCCUGCCAGGCUAGCGAACGGCGAAAAGCGAAGAGAAAAGAAAUAUAUAGGGUCGCCGUGCUAUUGACAUUCAGUGCGCAUUUGUAUAUGCUAUUAAUAAGUAUCAACGUUGAAACACUGUACUGUAUUCUAUUUAAACGAGCUAUAGCAGAGAAGUGAAAGCGAGUAUAGGCAAACUAAAGAAUAAAAAAAAAAAUUAUCCGCAAACAAAAAGAUAAAGGAGGAAAACGUUAAGUACAAAGCAAUAAUCAUAGGAAAAAAGCGCGCGAACGAGAGAAAUAAAAUAGAAAGAGCGGAGGAAGAAAAGAAACUCGUCAGAGGAAUAAUCGCGAGCUGAUGUGGAUUCGUGAGGCGUUGACACUUGCGGUAAAGGUUUUAUUUUUAUUCUAAAAGGCAAGCUUUUUCUCCAUACUCUGUUGUGCUUUUUUAUGUUGUUAAAUUAUAAUAGGGUUGUCUUGCUGCCAGUGCUGACGCCUACGAUUUUCGAAUUUUAAUUUAUAUUUUCUAACAUACCCACAGUUUCUCACGAUAUAUAAUGAACAUUUAUUUUUUGUUCCAUCGCUCAUAAGUUACCCGUACGUAUAAUAAUUGUAACGAUAUGCUUGACGAUGCUGUCGACGCGGAGACGCGUAAAUUUGGUUUGCAAAACUACGCCUGACGCUCGAUCUUAUUUAUUGUCAUUCCAGUAUUCAGCAUUUACAUUGGGGAAGUCCGCACUUGUAUGAUAUACAUUAUAAGAGCGUAAAACAAAAACACACAUAAUACACAAUUACAUAUUUGGUUCGUAACUAUGAAAUCGAUCGAUGCAAAUGACUAAAUCUGGUGCUCCCGACAUAAUCUUGCAAUAGAUGAUGCACAAAUAGUUUUCAUUUUAUUGAUAUUUUAAUAGAUAGAUUCUUUAGUCCUUGCAGGAUUGUUUUUUGAAUGCUUCACGUUAAUAUUUUAUUCUCAAAGUUUAACUCUACAGAAGAUGUAUCUAUAUAUUUAAACGCAUUAUAGUUGUAUGAGCAGGAUAGCUUACAAUAGUUAUAUAUUUACGUAUUAUACACUAACAAACAAUAGUAUAUGUUGUGCAAUGGAAAAAGAAACUUUUCAAUGUGAAAAUCGAUCAGUUACCACGCUUAAAGAAUAGGAUAACAAAUGCCGUUUGUUAUUAUUAAUGGUACAAGUGUUCAAGCGAAUUCUCAAAUUAUUAUAGUGCAGAACUUAACGAUUGAUUUGAGAAUGUUGACAAAACAAGACACUUAUUUAUAAAAUGGUAUUGUGUAUUCACAAAGCUCAUAUACUUGAAUAUUCUUAAUCUGUUCACAUAAUAAUAUUUAAUCAGUAUCGUAUAGAUCGCUAAUGAUAAUUACGUUACACAACAAAGCAGUUAUUACGCAUGCGUCGAUAUUUAUUUAAAAUAAUAGCAAGCAGGUACACAAUUUAAAGCAAUCAUUCCUAAAACAUAUCAUAACGAUCACACAUCAAUCAUAGAAUAACAAUAGUUACAAGAGUCAGAAUAGCAAAGCAACCAGCAGUAUAUUCAAGCCAACUUUUCAUUAACAAUAACUAAUUAAACGUUGUUGGAUUUCCCCUCGCACAUAGAGACACUGUACCGAUUUUUUCUUGCAUCGAUCGAGCGCGAAAUUCAUCAGUAUAUUAUUAUUACCUGCACAUCGCUAAGUGCAGAUACACACACAAACGCAUUCAUCAAAUGUACCGUUGGCCACCUAUAUAGACCAACCUUAGUAUUAAUCGUUGUACGGCGGCUCUAGUCGAACAGAUAUACCUCCAAUAGGCACUUCUCCCCAUAGCCGGGGCAUUAUACCUAUAUUUGUACGUUAUAUUACGCCUUUCCGUUAAUUUUUAUUUCCUAUCAUCUGAAUGAUUGUAUGAUCCCUCCCUUUAUCCAGUUCUUCUUAUUACCGUUCCUUCGUCGUCGAAUGAAGAAUUACUUAACAAUGGUAUACUUAACGAUUGAGACGAGCGAACACCUCACAGUACCUACCUGUAAAUGCUUUAGAGAGAAGCGAGGAUUUUAAAGAAGAACGAAAAUAAAUUGAUACGCGUACGUUUUUCUCAGCGUUUUACAAAACUUUCGUCGAGGAAGAUAAACUAUGUACUUUGCAGUGACGCGAGAAUGAAUGAGUGACGAUUAUGUAACUAAUGUUAACUGUAAGCGGGUUUUGCGCUUCUUUCAAUUAUCAUUAGAUUUAUGUUAAUUACCGAUUAAUUAUCAUCAUCGGAUCAUCAUCAUUAUCACUAUUAUAGAUGUUUCUAUGUUAGUCCUCGAGGACAUUCGGUACAAUUUAUUUUAUUCGUAUGACAAACCCUUCAUAUUUUUUGUCCAUCCCUUUAUUCUCUAGACUUGUUUACUGUGCGUAUAAAAUGUGCGAAAAACUCGCGGGAAAAAGUAAAAAAAAAAUAUUAUACCGUACUUUGCAAAGGUGCAGUUGCGUUGUACAUAAGUAUCUCACCGACCCACUGAAUUGUAAAUAGACUAUAUAUUAUAUACAUAUUACCUGCUGAAAAAUAUUAAAAGUAUAUAUUUUAAUAUAUUACAUAUAAUUAAUUACAUGAACAAAAAAAAAUAUUAUAAUCUUAUUGUUUGAAGUAUUCGAAUGAAAACGAUACACAAAAUGUUUAAGAAUAUUGUUGACCCUUCGGAACACAGCAUCUUGUUGUAAUGAUGACGAUUAAAUAAAAUUAAGGCAGCGUAUUAA